GCUGGUGGAACGUUCCAGAAUGACGUCAUAGGUUGCGUCAGCCAGAGCCAACAUGGCGGACGAGAAAAACACAAACAUGAAAUCCGACAAGAGUAAAGCUUGUUUUAAUAGGUUUAAACAACUCGUAGAUGGCGUAAUGGAGGAAAAGGACCAACACGACGACGUACCUGAAAGCUGCACCACCGCGGAGUACUGCGACAAGUUACAGGCGUGGAUGUGCCACUACUACACGGGCUAUGUGACAUGGCAGAGCUGGCUGGCGGCAUCAGCCAUGUCUUAUCCCUGUGUCUUACAGUCUGUUAACGGGACGUCGACGGCGCAUCUCGAUUCUGCUUAUCAGAGUUUGUUCACUGGUCCGCUCGGCUUUCCGUUGUCGGCCCCUGCACCUGCCUCCGCUUCCCCGGGCAGCCGCACAGGUGACGCCGCAAGCGGGGCAGCAGUGCCGACUCACCCCCGGCAGCUCCAGCAGGAGAAUGGAAAUGCACGGAGGCCAGCAGGUCAAGAGUAUACUAUCCCGUCACCACUACAGAGACUUCUGGCUGAAAUUGUGGACUUCCUCAUAUUGUUUGUCAUAAAAGCGAGCAUAAUUAUCAGUGUUAUGCAUAUGACUGGAAUCAAGGACAUUUCCAAGUUUGCUUUGCAUUUUAUUGUGGAUGAAAUCGACGAGGAAACGUCAAUGGAGAAAUUGAUGCUGGUUGCUCUGUUCUACCCAAUAUUAGUGUGUUUUUAUGAGAUUGUGUGUAUUUGGGGACCAGGAGGAGCCACUCCAGGAAAGUUCAUUAUUGGACUCCGAGUUGUGACGUGCGACUCAUCAGUUCUGGUUCAGCCCAACCGGGUCCUUGUAGUGCCGGCGACUAAUGUCUCUUUCUCGGCGUCAACUGUCCGAGCCUUGAGCAAGAACUUUUCAAUCGCGUUCUUCUUCCCAGCUUUCAUCACGCAGCUUUUCUUCCAGCACAACAGGACUGUGUACGACAUGGUCGCUGGCACCAUUGUCGUCAAGCGCUCCAGGGUCAGAUGACCCCGACGAGCACCACAGCCUGCAAAUGUGCACCGCAAGGAGUGUUUGGAACUAAAUGUCACGACCUAAGUCUGGUUCAGCUGUUGUUGCGUCCUGGGCAGGGUCGGUGCAUAUGGGUAGGUCUGCAAGUGUCUCUUUGCCAAGUUUAUGUCUCUUUUCAAAUCUGGCGAGAGAAUUAAAACACAAUUGACCUCUUUAUAGAUACUCAGAUGAGGGGUGAAUAUGUUCUUUUACUUUGUAUGAAAGUUGCUAAGUAAGUUGCUAUGUAUUCUUAAGUACACAUAUUGAUAAAUUAUAAAUGGGUUGUACUUGUAUAGCGCUUUUCUACUUUCAAGAUACUCAAAGCGCUUUGACACUAUUUCCACAUUCACCCAUCCACACACUGAUGGCGGGUGCUGCCAUGCAAGGCCCUUUCCAUGACCCAUCAGGAGCAAGGGUGAAGUGCCUUGCUCAAGGACACAACGGAUGGCAGAAGCUGGGGAUCGAACCAGGAACCCUUAAGUUGCUGGCACGGCUGUUCUACCAACCGAGCCAUGCCGUUUGAUGUCAAACAGGACUAGGGAUGGGUACUCAAUCCCAGCAGUCCUACUUGGUAACAAUUCACAUAAAGCCCAACGGUGCCAUGUUUUGAUACCCAGGUUGCACGGGACAUCACGGGCAGUUGCGGACUCUGGUGUCUCUUUGCACUUCGACACGUGGCUAUCACUCCAGCAGAACUGAGAGCUGACUCAGUCAUACUAUGUUGCAAUUUUCAAUGCCAUCAAAAUAAUUGACAAAAAAAAAAAAACCUCCAAUGUGAGUAAAGUAAGGCUGCACUUUUCCAAUCCUAAUAUAAAUUGGCUCUGCUUUUGACGAUUUUACAUGGCGAUCUCAACACCUCCUAACUUGUUAAUUGACACAACAACUAAGAUGCAAGUUACGAUCAAACAGCUGCUGCUUAAUAAGUACAAUAGUUACAGUAUUAACACUGUGGGGUGCAACAAAAAAAAUAAAAGGCACCAUAAACUAUACAUCAGUGAUUAUCAACCUUUUUUCAGUGAUGUACCCCCUGUGAACAUUGUUUUAAUUGAAGUACCCCCUAAUCAGAGCAAAGCAUUUUUGGUUGAAAAAAAGAGAUAAAGAAGUAAAAUACAGCACUAUGUCAUCAAUUUCUGAUUUAUUCGAUUGUAUAACAGUGCAAAAUAUUGCUCAUUUGUAGUGGUCUUUCUUGAACUAUUUGGAAAAAAGGUAUAACAAUAACUACAAACUUGUUGAAAAAUAAACAAGUGAUUCAAUUAUAAAUAAAUAUUUCUACACAUAGAAGUAAUCAUCAACUUAAAGUGCCCUCUUGGGGAUUGUAAUAGAUAUCCAUCUGGAUUUAUCAACUUAAUUCUAAACAUUUCUUCACAAAAAUAGAAAUUUUUUAACAUCAAUAUUUAUGGAACAUGUCUACAAAAGAUCUAGCUGUCAACACUGAAUAUUGCAUUGUUGCAUUUCUUUUCGCAGUUUAUGAACUUACAUUGAUAUUUUGUUAAAGUAUUUUUUUUUUUUUUUUAAAUCUCACGUAUCCCUUGUCAUACCUUCAAGUACCCCCAGGGGUACGCGUACCCCCAUUUGAGAACCACUGCUAUACGUGACUGCCAUCUAAGGUCCUGGACUUAAAACAUACUCAGAAAUUGGAUAUAAUCAGCACAUUUGCAAAUGUUGCAAUCAUAAUGUCAUUUCAUUAUCAAAAACAGUUAUUUAUUAACACGCACAAAAGAUUCCCAGGUACUGGGUAUUGGUACCACAUCAAUUCACAUGCAAAUGGUACCCAUCCCUAAACAAGACUAUAGUAGAGCUGUUCACAUCUCCACACAAACAUUCUUUAGAUUAGCAUAUAUUAGUAUUUCACCCCCCCCUCAAAAUAUGUUCAUAUUGCAACGUUAGCUUCUUUUUGUGAUUUUUUUUUUGCUCUUAAAUGAAAUAGGCACUUUGCAUUAGGUGAGGACUUAGUUUUGAGUUUGGCUCCCUCCAGUGUACAUACGCCAGACAUGCUCUUUGCAUGCACAGUAUACAAAUGUAUGAAUAAUCAAUAUUAAUCCCUUAGUAUGAUGCAGUGCAACAAACCACAAUAAUGAACAAAUUGUUCAAUUAAGCCCACCCCCCAACUUGAUUGCUAUGUAUCUUUGCAAAUGUUUUGGUAUUAGAUCUAAUUGAAUUAUGCUUAUUAAUGUGACUGUAAAAUACAUGUUUCGCACUGAUGUGAGGAGCAUUAAAAGAGUGUUGCUAUUUGGAUAGUAUACGUGUGUGUGUGUGUGUGUGUGUGUAUGUGUGUGUGUGUGUGUGUGUAAUCUAUUUGGUAUUUUGACUUGUUCUCAACUUCUGGCUGCCAUCCAGGAAGAGAAAAUGUGCAGGAAGGAGAUUUUAGUGAAGGGGUGCUGCUCAUCAUUCUAUUUUACGACAGACCUUUGUGUGUAAACCUCACUGUGCAAUAAAUCUGUACGCGAGUUAACAAAGUGCCACCAGCAAUAAUUAAUGUGUAAUUGUGAGAGUUCAUAACAUAAAUGGGAUGAAGCCAA